GCAGCUCUACUCAGUACAGCAGAGUCUUUGCACAUUAAUGGCGUGAAAUGUGGAAGAUACGGCAGGUACAUGAGGUUGGCUUCAUUCACUCAUCGGUGAAGUGGUGGUCGCGUCGGUCGCGUUGGUCGCGCGUCCGCUAGCAUCGCGUUUCUGCUCACCUCCAUCCUCACAGCCACCCUCCCACACAGCACACCUCCUCUUCUUAGUUGCGCAACCGCGCUGUACAUCUCUCCCCUGUAUCCCAACUAUUAUCGCUUUCGUUCCAUGUAUUAAGGUAUCACCAUGUUCUACAGUCACGAAGUCCUCACGUCGCGCAAGUACGGCGUGGCCACCGUAUGGCUCGUUGCGACGCUCGGCACCAAAUCGAGCUCGAAGAAGAUCAACCGGAAGGCAAUCCAAGAAGUCGAUGUACCAAAAGCAUGCCGCACCAUCGUCGACCCGGCCGCGCCCAUGGCCUUGCGUCUGCAGGGCAAUUUGUUGUAUGGUGUGUCGCGAGUGUACUUGCAGCAGUGUGGAUAUGUCCUAUCAGACGUGCAGAAUGCGCACAAUGCCAUGCAUUUGAUGUUGCGGUCGGUGAAGGAUGCGGCACUUGAUCCGGAGGCCGGCAAAGCUAGACGGGAACAGCUCGUCCUUCAAGAUGAUCCCUCAUUCUUGCCCGAAUUCGCCCUCCCGCCCCUGGAACUGCUCGCGGAGCUUGACCUUGGUCCGGCUCUGGACACUCUCCGGAAUGGCGACUCGCAAUCCUUGACUCCAUUCGGCUUUCAACCGGCUCCUACUACUCCAGAAGGCCUUGUUGGGGGCCUCAUUCUUCCAUCUUCAACACCAGGCGGCGUAGGCGAAUUCAGAAUCGAAGGAGACAUUGGUCCUGGCAGCGUGGGCGGUCCGAGCGGCAUGCUAGGGGAAGAGGGCGUGGAUGAACCGCUUGCUGGGCCAGACUUCACUUUCGACGAAGACGGGAACUUCGUUGAUCUCACCGCGGCGAAUGUGAUCCCACGGACUCCCGCGUUUCCUGGAGGCCCAACAAUGCCUAGCGAUGCUGGGGCUAGUGCUCGAGUGAGACAAGAGCACGAGGAAGGACAACGUGCUGCUGGUGAGCAAUUGGGUGACCAAAUGGAUCUCGAUCUACCUAUCUUUGGCGACGACCUGCCAGAGGGCGAGGCAUUCCCUACCGCACCUGAGCAGCAAUCUGGAGAACAUUUAGAGGUUGUGGAAUCCGAAUCCACAGUCGUAGCACCUGCUCGUCGCAAGAAACGAGCCGCCCGUGUCCUGCCUUUGGAUCUAACCAUGGAGCUCCGCAACAAGGAUCUCGCAGAUUGGAAUACGAACUACCUGCAGAACAUGAAAGAGGCGGCAAGGCUCAAGAACCAAAAUCGAGCUGCCCAACAAGCCAAGAAGAAUGCUGAAUACUGGGUCUGGGGUGCAGGCAUUGGGGGCAUCGCAACUCUACUACAGGGCGCCACAGGUCCAACACCGUUCGACCAGUUCAUCGGUGACAACCUUUUCGAGCUCUUUACGGGAGUUAGUCGAAAGGGCGCUGCAGGUGUGAAGCGCGAUCGCGAUAGCGGCAUUGAUGAAGCUACCCAAGAGGAAUCCCGCCGCGUGCGCCAGCGGACCGAUGAGCCAGAAGACCAUAUUGGGCGAGGACAAGAAGAUGAAGCCAUGUUCAUGCCUGGCGGCGAUGAAGUCGAGCUGCCACGCGAGGCACCCUUAGCUCUCGAUGACCAGCAGGUGUUCUCGGCCAUGCCUUGGAACAUCACGGCCUCCAUUCGUGGGUCCUCCGCUGUUCCUCGGAGCGCGCCCGUGGGCAUGAUGGGCUCGGUUAGUGCGCCAAACACGCUCACCGGAAGGCGUGGCAGUCGCAUGAUCUCGGCAUCGCCGCUCCAUGGCCGUGGUCAGCCAGGUGGACUGGAAGCCCUGAGGAGCCUCGAGGGCGAAGAUGAGUUCGGAAACAUUGGUGCAGAGGACUUCGGCUUCCCCAACCCUGACCUCAGCUCGGAUAUGCCAGCAGCUGCUUUCGCACAACCCUCCACUCGUGUCCGCGAAGCACUGUCGGCAGAAGGAGGAAACUUCCUAGCGUUCGUUUCCGAUGCCAUUGACGAGAAGCGUACCCGUGUCCGGGAGACAUUAGAGCCCAUGUCCGAUGUCCUGCAAGCAGAAGCAGCUGCCAACAUCGAUGAAGUCUUGUUCGAGGAGCUCCUUCCGUCCACUGAGAACAACAAGAUGGUCGCCUCCCAGGGCUUGAUGAUGGUGCUUACGCUCGGCACCAAAGGCAUGCUCACAGUGCGGCAAGAUGAGGAUUUCGAGGAGAUUGGCUUGAGUCUUACGGAGAAGGGCCGCCUGGCGCAGGUUGAGGUCCCUGCUGAAGAGAGCUAUGAGCAGGGUGAUGAGGGAGGAGAGCAAGAGGGGGGAGGCCAAUUCGAGGAGCAGUUCGUCGUAGAGCAUGCUGAGGAAGGAGAGGGCGAUGACAACGAUUCUCUCUACGCUGACUGAUCGGCUGGCGCACCGGUGCGCAAGAGUGGUAAAUCGCUUCGACCUGUCGGCCCUGUUCUUAUUCCCUUCGGGUUGUUCGGAUUCUUAUCGGUAUG